GCGGUGGCCGGGCCGGGGCCGUCCGCGCUUAUGGAGGACGAGGACUGCCCCGACCUGGUGCCCAUAGGCGCCGACGGCGCGGAGCAGACCGAUGGCAGCCCCGGCAGGAAGAUCCCCGUGACCAUCAUCACGGGGUACUUAGGAGCUGGAAAAACAACUCUUCUAAAUUACAUACUGACAGAACAGCAUAAUAAAAGAAUAGCAGUUAUUCUGAAUGAAUUCGGAGAAGGAAGUGCCUUGGAGAAGUCUCUGGCAAUCAGUCAAGGGGGAGAACUGUAUGAAGAAUGGCUGGAGCUCAGAAAUGGCUGCUUGUGCUGCUCAGUAAAGGACAAUGGUGUGAAAGCAAUUGAGAACCUGAUGCAAAGGAGAGGAAAAUUUGAUUAUAUAUUGUUAGAAACAACUGGUUUGGCAGAUCCAGGAGCUGUGGCCUCCAUGUUCUGGGUUGAUUCUGAGCUGGGAAGCGACAUCUAUCUUGAUGGUAUUGUGUCUGUUGUUGAUGCAAAGCAUGGAUUGCAGCACUUGACAGAGGAGAAACCAGAAGGCCUUAUCAAUGAAGCAUCUCGGCAGAUUGCAUUAGCUGAUCUUAUAAUCAUCAAUAAAACAGAUUUGGUUUCAGAGGAAGAAUUGAAUAAAGUCAGAACAUCUGUGAGGUCAAUAAACGGACUUGUUAAAAUUCUAGAGACACAAAGAUCAAGGGUUGAUCUCUCUAAUGUCUUGGACCUACAUGCUUUUGACAGUUUAUCUGGAGUGAGUUUGCAGAAGAAGCUUGAGCAUGUAAAGACAACACAUGAGCAUUUAGAUAAGGCUAUAAUUACAGUAACAUUUGAAGUUCCAGGAAAUAUAAAAGAAGAAAACUUAAAUCUUUUUAUUCAGAACCUUCUCUGGGAGAAGAAUGUGAAAGAUAGGACUGGGUGCACCAUGGAUGUCAUAAGACUGAAGGGACUGGUAUCUAUUCAAGGCAAAUCUCAUCAAGUGAUAGUCCAAGGUGUCCAUGAGCUCUAUGACCUAGAAGAGACUUCAGUAGCCUGGAAGGAAGAUGAAAAGAGAACAAACAGGCUGGUCCUAAUUGGCAGGAACUUGGACAAGGAGACCAUCAAAGAAGUAUUCAUAGCCACUGUGAGAGAAGAACAAGGAAACAGUUGACAUAAAACUAUAAAAAAGAUUAAAUGUCUGAAUGGCAUGGACUACAGUAGUUUCUCUAUCCUCUUGCAGUUUCUGCAACAUUUAAACUGUGAAGUCUUCCUAAGAAUUCUAGAUGACCUACUGCUUAAAGAUUAGUUCUUAUGGUCUAGAAUCAAACACAGUUCUCCUGUUUUGGAUUUGGCUGAGGCUGUGUCAGCAACAUGAUGUAACUGUGCAGAAAUGCAGAUGGGCAAAAGGCUGUUGCGUUCUACACGAAGCAUUACUGUAGGGAUAUGGGAAACGUGCUUGAAGCCUGGUGCUUUCUCUUGCUAACCCCCUUCCACUGGCAGUAAAGCCAUAGUGAUUAUUGCCAGUGAUUUAAUCACAGUACAAAAUGUUUCGUGUUUACUAUUAAACUGUCUUCCAUCUCA